UCACAAAUCUUCACGACUUGAGCAAGCCAAAGAUGCGCUUGGUUGUGCGGCGGUUGGCUGGUGCAGCAGUGGCAGCGGCGUGUGCGCACGCUGUUGUUGUUCAGCGGAGCAUGUUUGGCGACGACGCCGCGUUCAGCGUCGCCGAUUUCCUGUCCGUGUAUGGACUGCGCAACCUGGACCCCGAGCGCGCCCACGUGUGGGCAGUCAAGGCCGCAGCGUGGCGGCUGACACCGCGGCAGACGCAACCGGACCACCCGAGCCUGAAGACCCGCGUCUGGAACAUGGACUUUGACAACGUGGUGGGCCUUGCCGCAGGUUUUGACAAGGACGCAGAAGGCAUCGACGGGCUGCUGGACAUGGGAUUUGGGUUUGUGGAGGUCGGCAGCAUCACGCCGCUGCCUCAGCCGGGCAACCCGCGCCCGCGCGUCUUCCGCUUGCUGGAGGACGGCGCAGUGAUCAACCGGUACGGGUUCAACAGCUGCGGCAUCGGGCCCGCCCAACAGCGCCUGCGGGCGAGGUGGGUGCAGUUCAGCACCUCAGGCGCGUCGCAGCCACCAUCCUCAGCAGCAACAGCCGGAGCAGGCUUUGCGUGGCCGUGGAGCCACCCCGCCCGCCGCGGUGUGGUUGGCGUGAACCUGGGCAAGAACAAAACACAGGACAACGCCGCCCUCGACUACUGCGCCGGCAUGCGCGCGCUCGCGCCCUACGCAGACUACGUCGUGGUCAACGUGUCCUCACCCAACACACCGGGCCUGCGGGCGCUGCAGGGCCGCGCUGCGCUGUCUCGACUGCUGGGCGAAGUGAAGCGCACACGCGACUCGCUCGACUUCUCGUCACGGCCGGGCGCAUCACCGCCGCCGCUGCUGGUCAAGAUCGCGCCGGAUCUCACGGACCAGGACAUUGACGACAUUGUCGCCGUCGUGAAAGAGAUUGGCAUUGACGGUAUCAUUGUGUCCAACACCACCAUCGCCCGUCCAGCCUCGCUGCAAUCGGAGCACAGGGAGGAAGGCGGCGGGCUGAGCGGGCGGCCGCUGCGCGAUGCCAGCACGGCUGUAUUGGCCAAGGUGUACGCGAAGACGGGCGGCAGCGUGCCCCUGAUUGGCGUCGGUGGCGUGUCGUGUGCUGCAGACGCAUAUGCCAAGAUCCGGAGCGGGGCGUCCCUGGUGCAGCUGUACACGGCGAUGGCGAUUGAGGGCCCUGGUGUCGUGCAUGCCAUCAAACGUGACCUGCCCCAACUGCUCGCUGCCGAUGGCUUCUCCUCUGUAUCCGCAGCCGUUGGCGCCGACGUUCCCAUCAACAGCAAAUGAAGGGGCCCAAUCUGUGCUGCUGCUGCUGCUUCGUGUUGUGAUGGGAUCUGUGUGUGAUGUGACAUGUGUGUGUGUGUGUGUGUGUGUGUGUGUGUGUGUGUGUGUGUGUGUGUGUGUGUGUUGUAACUGCUGCUUCGUGUUUACUGUUAACUCAACCCUUCUGCGCUUCCCCCGAAUCACCUUUGUGGCACCGUGUGUUGCUUGCGGUUGUUUAAUGAACUCAAAUUUGCUCUUCAGCCAGAAAUCCGUUCACAAUGUAACAGGGGCUCUCUGCCUCUUCAAACGCA